CUCGGCCGGAAGCGGCGCGCCCCGCGGUGCGGCGGAGCCAUUUGGCGGCGGGACCCACGCCAGGUGCCUCCUGCCCCGGCUGCCGGCGGGAAACAUGUCCGCGGGCCGCCCGUUCCUGGCCUGCGCCUGCUUCUUCUCCGACAACAUCUUCGUGGGGCGCUACGGGCUGCACGUCCGGUACCGGGACGAGGCGCAGCUCCGCCGCGAGCACGGGCGGGCGCUGCGGGAGCGGGGCUGCAGGAGUGACCGCGAGUUCGAGACCACGCUGCGGGAGAUCGAGGCAGAAGUGCAGAGAAGAAAACAGUUAAUUCAUCAGUCAGUGGAACGCAAAGCUGUCAUCUCAAAGUGCUACAAACAAAAACACCCCGAAGUGUAUGUUCUGCAGGAUUCAUUCCUGGCCCCAGAUUUUCUAGAAAUCGUGAGAUACUGCACAUCACCAGAUGCUGAUCUCCACGGCCUCCUGCGCUACAUCGAGUCCUUCUCAGACAAGAGGAUCUAUCGACUCCCGGUGUUCACAGAGGAGUUCUGCCAAGCCUUUGUGGAUGAGCUGGAGAACUUUGAGCAGUCGGACAUGCCUAAAGGCCGGCCCAACUCCAUGAAUAACUAUGGGGUUUUGCUGAAUGAGCUUGGGAUGGACGAAACUUUCAUCACACCCCUGCGUGAGAAAUACCUGCGGCCCAUAACGGCGCUGCUUUAUCCCGACCUGGGGGGCUCCUGUCUGGACAGCCACAAAGCCUUUGUUGUCAAGUACUCGCUACACGAAGAUCUGGAUCUGAGCUCUCACUAUGACAAUGCAGAAGUCACCUUAAACGUUUCACUGGGAAAAGACUUCACAGAAGGAAACUUGUACUUUGGGGAUUUCAACCAGGAUCCUGCACCCGUGCCAAAGUACAUAGAGAUCGAACACGUGGGAGCCCACGGGCUGCUACACCGAGGAGGGCAGAUCCACGGGGCGCUGCCCAUCGCCUCCGGGGAACGCUGGAACCUCAUCGUUUGGAUGAGAUCAUCCACCAUCCGCAACCAGCUCUGCCCCAUGUGCAACAAGAAGCCUGAGCUGGUAGAAGCAGAAGGGUUUGGGGACGGGUUCACAGAAUCCCUUGAGGAUGAUGUGCCCGAGACUGUGGACCUCUGUUCCUUGUGGUAGCAAAUACUAGAGCCUGUUUUCUCCAGACCAAGCUGCCUCAAGAUCCUUUCCAGCCUCCCUGUCUGCACUAACAGGCUCUUUGACUCAUGCAAGAAGUAGCAUCACUUCAAAAGUGAUUUAAACCCAAUCCAACCAGGGGAGGCAGUUGCUUAGAGAGCAGAGAGCUGGUACCCAAGCUCACCAGGUCACACAAAGACUCUGUAAAUAUUUUAAUGUUUAUGGGGAAAACACCCAAAGCUGCUCAGCCCUUUAAAGAGCUCAGUGCCAACAGCAGGAUUACAGUCCCACUGUAAACAGAAAGAACAGAACAAUAAAACCCCACACUUA